CUGGAAACAGUGUUAUCAGCAUCCUCCAUGGACUUCCUCACCUCCUCCCCAGCCCCAUUAGCCCCAGGCUCCUUAGCAUCCUCAAACAGAAAGUGGGGAAGCUGGGAUGGGGUCAGCGCCCUGAAGCCGGCCCCCUCUCUUUUGCCAAGACCUACCUCUGCGCAGCCCUGAGUGGGCAGCUGAAGGCUGCAGCUGGAAUCCCGAGUGAGAGAUGGAGCCCCAGCUGGGGCCUAAGGCUGCCAGCCUCUGCCCAGGCCGGCCCGGCCUGCUGCUGUGGGUCUCAGCCCUGAGCUGUUCUUUCUCCUCGCUGGCUUCUCCCUCUCCUUCUCUGGUGCCCCGAAUCAGAACCAGCUACAAUUCUGGAAGGACUUUCCUCGGUCUUGAUAAAUGCAAUGCCUGCAUCGGGACAUCAAUAUGCAAGAAGUUCUUUAAAGAAGAAAUCAGGUUUGACAGCUGGCUGGCCUCCCACCUCGAACUGCCUCCCGACUACUUGCCUUCUUACCCUGCAAAUUACUCAGAUGAUUCCAAAACCUGGCGCCCUGUGGAGGUCUCCAGGCUGGUGAGCAAACAGCAAAGCGACAUCUCAGACAGGAGAAUCUGCGCCUCUGCGGCAGCCCCGAAGACCUGCAGCAUCGAGCGCAUCCUGCGGAAAACCGGGAGGUUCCAGAAGUGGCUGCAGGCCAAGCGCCUCACACCGGACCUGGUGCAGGGCCUGCCCAGCCCCUUCCUGCGCUGCCCCUCGCAGCGACUCCUGGACCGCGUGGUCCGGCGCUACGCUGAGGUGGCCGACGCCGGCAGCAUCUUCAUGGACCACUUCACUGACCGCGACAAGCUCCGUCUGCUCUACACGCUGGCUGUCAACGCUCAUCCCAUCCUCCUGCAGAUCUUCCCGGGGGCCGAGGGCUGGCCGCUGCCCAAGUACCUGGGCUCCUGCGGCCGGUUCGUGGUCAGCACCAGCACCAGCCCGCUGCGGGACUUCUACGCGGCGGCCGCGGACCAGGCGGCCGACCUGGCCUACCAGCUGCUCGGGGUCCUGGAGUCCCUGCGGAGCAACGACCUCAACUACUUCUUCUACUUCACCCACGUCCAUGCGGCCACGUUUGGCAUCUUUAACAACGGGCACCUGUUCAUCCGGGACGCCAGCGCGUUGGGCGUCAUCGACAAGCAGGAAGGUAGCCCAGCGGCUGCCGGGGCAGCAGACAGUGAAGACAUCUUUAGCUGCCUGGUCUCCGGCUGCCAGGCCGAACUGCCCUCCUGCUACACUGUCCCAGAGAAGCAGAGCCUGGUGCUCGUUUGCCGGCAGGUGCUGCCUCAACUUCUCCAGGGGAAGUUCCCCUCCCCGGUGCAGGAUGAGAUAGACGCUGCGCUGGCACAGUGUGGGGACGAUGCCCGCCCAGACCCCGAAGUCCUGGGGGCCGCCCGCCGGCUUAAGGACCUCUUGAGGCCCCUGAGAACCUGUGACCCCAGAUUCGCCUAUCGCUACCCAGACUGCAAGUAUAAUGAUAAGUUCUGAGGGGCUGGAGCCUUGCAGGCCUACGGGGACAGCAUCCUUGGCCCUCCCUGGCCGAGGCGGGUCGCUGCAAGGUUGACAGGAGCAGCUCUGCGCUUAGACAUUUGGAGAACUGCCCCUUCAUCUUCCCCGGGGAACUGAGCGACACCCCGACAAGCAGAGGAGAGCCGUGCAGCACAGCGCAGUUGCCCCUGCGGCCACAGCAUCACCGAGAAGAGGCUGGACGCUCGGUGGGCCUCCCUGAGCCUCGGGGUCCUCUGUCCUCCUCCGGACUCUCGAGUUAGUGAAAGAAGACAGGGCUGUGAAGGGCCAGGUGCGUGCGGGUGGUUACGAAGAGUGUUCCGGAAGCCUGCACGGGCAGGACUAAUGGGACAGAGCCGUGGCGGUGGAGGCUGACGUGGAGGGAAGGGAGUGGGGAGGUGAGGCCUCUGGCCAGGACGCUGUCACACUCAAACCCAAGGGUCUGCCUUCCGGCCCCCUGCGCCCUAGCACUAGCCCUCCUGCCCUGCUCCCCACAGCGCAGGGGUGCAGGAGACCGAAGGCCGAGGAAGUGCAUGGACAGGUCCACACUCUGGGUGCCCGGCGUCCCAUGCGCUCGUGUGAGGCACCCUGUGGUGUGGGUAGAGAAGAGACCAGCGGUGGGCUGGGGGCCAGUGUGUUCGUCCGGGACCUCCGAGAAGCAGGCGUUACGACAGGGUGAGACAGGCAAGGAUCGUAUUAAAGAAGAUGCCUGCAUGCAAUGGGGGAAGGAGGUGCUGCCGGUCUGAGGCCCAGUGAGGGAGAGCAGGUCAGUGGGAGCAUUCUAAGACUGCUGUCUGCGCUACCUACCGGACGCUUCUACAGGCCUGUCAGGGUGUCCUGGAGGCCAGGCCAGCCACCAGAGGAGCCCCGAGCCUUCCAAGGCUGGGUGGCCGGCCCCAUAGCCCUGCUGCACUCACUGGUUGGCAGGGAACGCCCAUGGGAAGCACCGCUCCGGCCUCAUGGCACAGAUGGAUUUCAGAGUGGGGUGCAGGGCCUGCAGCCAGCUCUGCUCUCCCGUGCAGGACAUGGCAGCCGCAGCCAGGGCCCCAGGCCAGCCCUGUCCUCCCCGCCGCCUCCACUGCAGGAGUGGAAGGAGUCUGAGAAUUUUCAUUCAAACUUGGCCUUACAGGUCAUUAUGUCGGUAUUUUGUCAAGGUCGGCCAACAGAACGGAUUUUAUUCAACAGCUUGCUAGUUUGUUUGGUAUCAAAGGUACCUUGAUACCUUAUUUAGCCAUAUGAGAUGUGGGCCUCCAUGUGGAUUCUUGCCAUGGCCCAUCAAGUCAUAGUGGGGGUGGAGGGUUGUGGACCUUUGUCCAGCCUCCCUGUCAGCCCUCUCCCCUUAGGGACCUCCCAGGUGGCCUCCUCUCUUCUCCCUCAGAAUCACCACUUUUAGGUCAGAAUGCCUGACUUAACAGGCCUCAUUGCAGACGGGAUAACUGAGACCCAGGAGGAAGAGCGACUUGCUGAGAGAGCCCACAAUCCUCUUGCCUUGCCCUUUGGCUGCUGAUUUGCACCCUGUCCUACCCAGUUUGGGUCCCUUCACUCACAUUUAAAGAUGGGCCCAGAAGAGUCCUAUUCCCUUGUCCACUAGGUUGCUUGUCUUUGGGGUUUGCCUUCUGACUGCUCCAGACACUACUCCUGGGCCAACCAUGAUAGUGAGGAUGGCAGGCCAAGCUUCUGGAAGGGCGGGCUUGGGCUGCCUGAGAGCCUUUGAGACCGUUGCCUUCUGGCUGGGUCUGGAGAGGCGAGGAUUGACCACCUUUCCCAACACCUUGCUUUCAGCCCAGUGAAACUGAUUUUUGACUUCCGGCCUUCAGAACGAUGGGAGGAAACAUUUUUAGUGGUUUAAGCCACCCAUCUUGUAGUAAUUUGUUAUGACAACCCCAAGAAACUGACACACCCCCCCAACUCCGUCUUAGUGUCUGCUUCAAGAGAACCCAACCAGCAAUAUUCCCCAACUUCAGUCUAUAGUGAUGGCUUCAGAGGCCAGACCCAACUGUGAGGGAGUGUGUUUUGCCUCUGUACCCAGGGCUGCGGCUCAGAUGAUUCCAUUUCUCCACUUACUAAGUCCCACGCCUCAUUUAAGAUCCUGUCUGAGUCCUACUUUGACCUAGAGCGUUUCCUGACAGGCCGGUCCCAGUGAGCCCUUUCUGAAUCCCAUCUCUGUACCCCUGAAUCAUAGGUUUGUGCUCAUUUAAGGCUAAUUCUAACGGUAUUCCAGAGAGAUCUGUGUCCCAUCCUGCCAUCCAGCCUCGGGCAGCCUCAGGAUGGUGGUGGUGUGGGCCCUUUGGGUUUCUCCACAACAACCUGACUGGGCACAGAGCAAGUGCUCAAAAAGUGUUCUUGCUAUGAUGAAUACAUCCUUUAGCCCUUUUUGCUUGGUGUUUGUCACAUACCAUGUGCUCUAGGCUCAAUGUUCGUGUCUCCCCAGAAUUCUUUCGUAGGGGAUCUUAACCCACAGUGUGAUGCUAUUAGGAGCUGGGGCCUUUGGGAGGUGAUUGGCUUGUGAAGGUGGAGUCCUCAUAUAUGGGAUUAGUGCUCUUCUAAUCUCAGAGAGUCUCCUUGCCCCUUCUGCCACGUGAGGACACAGGGAGCAGAUGGCCGUCUAUGAGCCAGCAAGAGGGCUCUCUCCCGACACCAAAUCUGCCAGCGCCUUGAUCUCAGACUUUCGGGCCCUCAGAACUGUGAGAAAUAAAUGUCUGUUGUGUAUAAGCUCCCCUGUCUAUGGUAUUUUGUUAUAACAGCCCCAACAGACUGAGACAUUUUGCUGGCCAUAUGCAGGACAGAGCUGCUUCCUUGAGAGUUUUGCUAGCUACUGCCUUUUUACCUGCAGAACCAGCGACAUCAUUUGCAGGGUCUCGUGCAAAAUGAAAAUGUGGAGCCUCCUGUUCUUAAGAUUCGCCAGACAAGAAAGCAUGAAAUGAAGCACAAGCCCCGUGAGACUGUGCAGCUUGCGUGCCGGUGAAGCUGGCCCUGGGUGCCUGAGAAGUCCAAUUUUUAACCUUGGCAGAGAGUGUUCCUGGGGUUUGCUGGGGUCUCCUUUGACCUCCACCACCAAGGAGAUUGGGUGUGGGACCAGAGGUGAUAUACAAAGCCCUUAACAACCACCAUGGCAAAGGAACCAAUCUACAAGAACGCACUCCACCCACUGCAGCCAUGAUGUGGGCAUAACCAGAGCCUGGAGGCCAAGUCUAACUCUUGGAAUGAGGAAACUGGUUCAACCAAUUCACUCAAAGUGACAAUUUUUAGGUCUCUGGCUUCCCAGUCCUUCCCUGUAGCAUCUGACUUCCUCUCGUCAGUGGUUCCAUGAGCCUGAACAUUUCCUCUAGGGUUAAAAAGUAAAGUUUGUUAAAUAAAUAAAUGAAUUUUGUUGGAUUUGUAUUCUUUUUGGAAAGAUCUACAUACAGCCCUGGAAUCAGACAGACCUAGUGUCAAGUAAUGGUUCUGCUGAUUCCUCUGCAACCUGGGCAAGUUGCUUAACCUCUUUGAGCCUCCCUAAAAUGGGAAGGAAAGGAUCUACACUUGCAGAGUUACUGUCCUAUUUCAAUAAUACAAUGUCUCUCAAGAGCCUGGCACAUAGAGGCAUUUCGUAUUCAAAGGCAAAUACAGGGCAAGAACAGAGGGUCUCCUGGCAAAAAGCGUUCCUCACAAAGCCCAGGAGGGUGCCACAGCCCCUGGGAGGCCCUCUGAUCCCUGUCCCAAGGCUCUACUCCAGCCCAGAGGACCUGUAAGGAUGCUACAGGCUGGUAGACAGUCUGACUGGGGCCAGUGUUAAUCCCCUCCUGCUAACCAGACUCUGGGUUGAUCAUGAAUGACAGUUGGGCAGCCACGAUAUUCACCUCCCCCAGCCCAGCCUUCCACUACACUCAAAAGGGAAUCCUCCUCAAGCAGGUAAUGUUGGGAGCCUUGGGAAGUCCAUCCAUGCUCAGUAUUGAAGAGAAAUGUGGACGCCAUUGUGGUCCAUUGAAAGCUGUUGUUCCUUUGCCUAUGUACAGUGAUGUGGCUUUUCUGGCCACUUUAGGCCUGUUGCCCACAGAUACUGGUGCAGUUGGGCCCAGGUGCACACAAGUAUACUCUUUGUCUAUCUGCAGCUCUUUACGGCACUAAGAACAGUUGCAGUUGCAAGACAUAUGGGAGGGUCAACGGCUAGGCAGGGGGCCGUGAAUUUGCAGAUACAAUGACCCUCCAAAAGGCAACUUAGAGGAGCAGGCCAGCAGAGGGGAGCUGGGCAACUAGUUCAAGUGGCCUGCCCAGUGUAGGUCUUUGUAGGAGCAGACAAGGAGAGGGAGCAUUCCCAUCCCACUAGGGUGUCAGAUCCUGCACCAGCCCCUCUCGCAAAAGUCAGGGCAUCAAAGUUACUUAUUGCAGUGUUGUUUGUGAUUGAAAAUACUGGAAACAACUUUAGUGUCCGUACAUGGAAGACUGGUUGAGUAAACCGUGGUAUCUCCACACAAUGGAGUGCUAUGCAGCUUUGCAAACGAAUGAGUAAGAUUUCUCUGAACUGAUAUGGAGUGAUCUGCAAGAUACACAGCUAAAUGAGAAAAAAAAAAAGCAAAACACACAAGUAUUUAGAGGAUGCUAAAGAAAGAAAGAGUAUAAGGAUGCC